CUUUCUCCGAUGUGGAUAUAAGAACAAGAAAAUCUUGUUCUGGCUGCAAAAAUGCGAAAGAAGUUCGUCGACUGGAGAGCCAUGAGAAGCUCCCGAAACAAUCUCAGAAAGCUGGGGCUAACAAUUGCUGCUGUUGGGUUGCAAAGCUGGGCUAAUUAUGCAACUUGUUUUGGCACGUUUAUGCAACAGCUUUGAUGCUUCAUAACUUACAUAACAGUUUCCGAAUUUCCGGAAACUCGUUUGCCAGAAAGUUUCAGAAAACUAGAAUGACUUGUCUUAAGUCUUAAGUCUUAAGUGACUCCGAGAUGAUUGUUGGGUCAACGGAGGGAAGAGUGACCAUCCCCUUCUUCAAGGAGGUGACCAUCACUUGGUAGAGAUGCGGUUUCCUUGCUAUGCUCAUUCAUUGACUUCAUGGUGCGGCCGUGAAACAGGUGGGUUCAACGUUGGACAGACACCGCUCUGGCGUUGUCUUUGGUGCAGGCACUUGUGGCAAAAGGCUCAUUCAAGCAGGGCGACGUGAUUUUGCUCGAAGAGGCGAUCCUGUCGCUGGCGGCGGGCGCCAGCCCCGUGGCGGCCUUGGGGCUCUUGAGCCGCUCCCAGCGGCGGCGGCUUGCGGCGCUGCACUGCCACACGCGGCUCGCACCCGCGCGCGCGGAGGAUGGUGCUGGAGCAUUGAGCGAGCAGCUGGGCGAAGAGGGCGAGCGGCUGCUGGAGGAAAUGGUGGCCAGCGGUGUGUGGACGGCUGAGCAGGCCGUCCAGGAUGCUGGCUGGCUUUGGCAGCUCCUCCGUGUGUGGGAUGCCAACAAACUCUCCUUUGUGACCGCUCAAGGGCCGGAGCAAUGUGUUUUCGAACGCAUCAGCAGGCUGAAUCACUCCUGCGAGCCGAAUGUUCGGCUGCUCCCCGCCGGGCCAAAGCAGCUGCUGGUGGUGGCGGCCGUGGACAUUCGAGAGGGAGAGGAGCUGUGCAUUUGCUAUCCCGAGCGAAACAUUCUUCCGAUGCUCCACUUCCUGCAUGCUCCGACCUCCUGGCGCCGGCGGACCUUGGAGCGCUGGCAGUUCCUCUGCCGCUGCGUGCGCUGUGAGGCCCCGAGGCCCGAGCAGGUGGAGGACCUUGAAGAGGAGGCGAGAGCUUUGGUGAGUCCUUUGCAAGCGGCCACGAGCAGCGAAGACUUCCCCAUCGACCAAGUGCUGCAGCUCUUGAGCCAAUGCCAGGACGCAGGCCUCGGCUGCGAUCAUUGGCUGAGCUUUUGGCUCUUGAGCCUCUGUAUGGUGGGAAGCUCUGCGCGACCACUGCAGGUGGCAUCACACGGUGUGGCACGGGCCUCGCAUCUGCCUGUGCUGCCUGGCAGCCUGCAGCCGCUGGCCGAGCGGUGCCCCAACGCCGCGCAGCUCCUGGCGCAGGGAGAUCGUGGUGCUGGGACGGCGCCCAGGCCGGGCGUCACCGCACGCCUCACGAGCUACUUCAGCUUCAGUGGCGUAAAAAAGCAGCGAAAAGUGGACGGGGUCGGGGUAAGGGCUGGGUGUGAUUCAAAAGGCCGAAGCUCGGAGGGUCCUUGGGCAUGAGUGACGUUUGGAAAAGUUCCUGACAGAGUUAGCAAGGAUGAUUAUACACUUAGUUCAUAUUACUUCUCUAUUUGUGAUGAUUUACGACCCAAAUCAUGUGAAACGGCAGGUUGCUUGGUCGGUUCACAGAGACCACUUUGGACCAGACCGUGUUGGAUCAUUUUCUUCUUUUUAGAAUGAAUUAUAAGUCUUUUUUCAUGGCUGGCUCUUUUCUUUGGACAUGUUUGCGGGACUUGGAAUGAACUCUACAGGCUCGUUGGAUAGGCCACCGUUGGAUCAGAUCUUCCUCGACAGGGCAUAUUUGCAAGUACUGUAUACCUUUUUGUGUACAUAAGUGUUACCGAUCGGAACUCUUGGUCCUCACAAAAACACUGGCGAUGUCUCCCAGCCCCCCAGAACACCACACCAUCUCGUCCACGCGCC